AUACUACUAAACUAAACAUUUUAUAUAUUAGAGUAUUUUUUAUAUUUUAGUGUAAAAUCACUUUUCUGCAGUUCACAUAAGGCAGCUGCAUACAAAAUAAGGAAAUAAAAAAGUAAAAACACAAUAAACUGAAGAGUAUUUAACUACAUAUUUUUCUAUAAAUGUUCAUUUUAGGGCUGUCAAUGUUAAAGCGUUAAUGCACGCUAUUAAUUUGGAAUCAGUAAUGUGUUACUAUUUUUUUUAAUGCAAGUUAAUCAAGGCACCAGGUUCGAAUCCCCGCUCAUACAGCUUUGCCAUCAAGCUGCCGGUGCUCAGAGGGAGCAAAAUUGGCCCUGCCAAUCGGGGAAAAAAUAUAAAUAAAAUUAUAAAAAAAAUAAAGUUAAUUAAGGCUUUAAGUUUGACUUCCGCAGUAAUCUGCCCCGCCCAACACACUGAUUAGUUUUCUGGCUGAAUUAUUGAACAGCGUGCUCUUAUGGUGUCCAGCAGUAACACUCAGAUUCAGACUUCCAGCUCCGACCUGGUCAAAGAUCUCUCUAUCCCUCUGUCUCUUUGCCUCCUUCUCUCUCUCUCUCUCUCUCUCUCUCUCUCUCUCUCACACACACACAGACUGCGCUUCCUGCCCUCCUGCUCCUCAUCCCUUAGAUUUUUAUACUCGUCAAAUUAAGUUUGAAUUCAGAAAUCCACACAACCAAGUUUACAAUCCAAUUAAUCAUGCAUUCUUUAUUUCAGCAACCUACAUUGAUUUUAUGUCCCCUCAAACAUACAAGUAUAUACUAUAAUUUUAAUUAAUACCAUUAAUAUACAUAUAAUUGCAUUUUACAUUGAGUUCCACUGCCUGGCAACCGUCUGAUUGACGAGACAACCUUGAGUAACAGUCAGAGCAACAUCCAGCAGCUUAAGAAAACAGGGAGAGAUAUUGCGUUGCAGUGUUCUUCUGGAAGAAUGGCUACUGAAGUUUAGCGCAGACAUUCUCUAUUGUCCUUCAUGGUCCUCAAUUUUCUACGCACUCUGUAGGACAAACAGGUUCCCCCGAACCCAGGCUUCUUGUCGAGAAGAUGGUGUCAAUAGCAUUGAAGGACCAUUUGAUCAAAUCCAUAUUUUCUAGUUUGAAGAGCAGUGCGAGGAGAGUCUCUUUGGUAGCAGUACACAGCACUAGACAGGAGAAGCCAAGCAGGAUAGAUAUUUUAUUUAUUGUAAUAUUAAUUUCUGUACACUGAAAAAAAAACAUUCAUUGGGUCAGCUUAACUGUUUAAGUUGUAAAUAUGUAACAUUUCAAGUUUAUUUCAAGUUUUGUUCACACAACAAUAGUUUCAUUAGCUCCACAGUUUUUUUUGGGGGGAGGGGGGGGGUAUUGUGGGCCUAAAUAAUUUAGUUUAUUUAGUAGAUAUAGGUAUUCUCAAAAUAUUUAGCAUAUUUUUAUAGAACUGCCAAUACUGACAUCAUAAUACCGCGACAGCACAAGAGUCAACUCUGUAGCUCCAAGCACUCCAACAUACUGUGUGCACUUACAGUGCAUCCGAGAAAGUAUUCACAGCACUUCACUUUUUCCACAUUUUGUUAUGUUACAGCCUUAUUCCAAAUUGUAUUAAGUUAAUUCAAGGAUUCAAGGAGAUUUUGUUCGCAUCACAUGUGGUACAUGAAGUGGAACGAAAUUGUGACUUACAGCUUCCGGAAAGAAGCUGUUUCUGAGUCUGGUUGUUUUGCACUUGAUGCUCCGCAGCCUCCGGCCUGAGGGGAGUGGGACAAAAAGUGCGUGUGCUGGGUGGGUGGGCUCCUUCCUGAUGCAGGUGGCCCUUUUCCUGCAUCUGGAGGUGUAGAUGUCUGUGGUGCUGGGAGGCUAACUCCAACAAUCCUCUGUGCAGCCUUCACCACCCUCUGCAGUGCUUUCCUGUCUGCAGCAGAGCAGCUUCCAUGCCACACAUUGAUGCUGGAGCACACAACGCUCUCCACCACACAUCUAUAGAAGGAGGUGAGGACUACGCUCCCGAGUCCAGCUCGUCUCAGCCUCCUGAGGAAGUAGAGCCGCUGAUGUGCCUUUCUGAUGUGCACACCCAAGUACCUGUAACUGUCGACAACUUCCACCGCAGAUCCUCCAAUGUGCAGGGGGAGUUGGGCAUGCUGGCCCCUUCUGAAGUCCACAAUAAUCUCCUUCGUCUUCUUUACAUUGAUGCAGAGGUUGUUUUUUCUGCACCAAUCCUCCAGGUGUUCCGCCUCCUGCCUGUAGCUGGACUCAUCUCUGUUCGUGAUGCAUCCAACCACUGCCGUGUCGUCCGCAAACUUCACAAUAUGACAGCCUGGAUGGAGAGAAAUUAAAAUAUUCCAGGGAUUUCCAGGAAUUUCUCCUAAAAUUCAUCACCACAACAAAAAUGAUAUUUAACUAAAGAAAUUGUUUGAUAUGUUUAACAGAUAAACAAAGCAAAGUCCCGACAUGGAGAAACAUCACCAGCGCAUUCACACAGGAGAGAAACCAUAUCACUGCUCAGACUGUGGGAAGAGUUUUACUAAACAGAGUCAUCUCAAACAGCAUCAGCGCAUUCACACAGGAGAGAAACCAUAUUACUGCUCAGACUGUGGAAAUAGUUUUAAUCUACAGAGUAGUCUCAAAAUACACCAGCGCAUUCACACAGGAGAGAAACCGUAUCACUGCUCAGACUGUGGGAACAGUUUUAAUCUACAGAGUAGUCUCAAAAUACACCAGCGCAUUCACACAGGAGAGAAACCGUAUCACUGCUCAGACUGCGGGAAGAGUUUUAUUACACAGAGUCAACUCAAAAUUCACCAACGCAUUCACACAGGAGAGAAACUGUAUUACUGCUCAGACUGUGGGAAGAGUUUUAAUCAAGAGAGUAAUCUCAAAAAACACCAGCGCAUUCACACAGGAGUGAAACCGUAUCACUGCUCAGACUGUGGAAAGAGUUUUAAUCAAGAGGGUAAUCUCAAACGACACCAGCGAAUUCACUCAGGAGAGAAACCGUAUCACUGUUCAGACUGUGGGAAGAGUUUUAAUCAACUGAAUUAUCUUAAAAUUCACCAGCGCAUUCACACAGGAGAGAUAACUAUCUCAGAUGUUCCACUGCAAUAAAAAGUGCAAAUUCUAAAUCGUUGACAGCCAAAGCACCUUAUUCCACCCAGAAUCUUCACUCUGUCACUCUGACACAUUCCACCAGAAACAAUCAAGAA